CUAAAAAGAUAGUAUGAUAUAAUAUCAACGAAGAACGAAAGGAUUUUUUUUAUCUUCAAUUUUCGAGAAGACUUUUAGGUUUUUAGUUUAACUACGAUGCGAAGUUGAAGCAAUCAUUUCCCCCGUGUGUGUGUUUUUUUAAUUUUAGGGUUUGGUUUUGGUUGAUUGAUUCCAUGGCUGACUGGCAACAGCUUUUGCAGUCGAUUUUUAUAGGUCUCAUCUUCUCUUAUCUUCUCGCUAAGCUAAUUUCCCUAGUCGUUUCUUUCAAAGAAGAUAACCUUUCGAUUACCCGAGACCGUAGCCGCAAUGUCCAAGGCUACGAGAAGAUCGACGACCCGGGACCUGUGCCCGACUCGCUUCUCAGUACUGAGCACGAGGGAUUGCACAAGUCGGAUUCGGUGCUCGCCGAAUUGGGGAGUCUUAGGAACGACAGCGACGGUGAUGGCCUUGGCGAGGAUUAUGAUGACGACGAAGAAUGGGAGGGGGUAGAGUGUACGGAGCUGGAUGAUGCGUUUAGUGCUGCAACUGCGUUUGUGGCGGCGGCUGCGGCGGAUCGAUUAUCGCAGAAGGUUCCUAACGAGGUGCAGUUGCAGCUUUACGGUCUGUAUAAGAUUGCCACCGAGGGACCUUGCACUGCUCCUCAGCCUUCCGCUUUGAAAAUGACCGCUCGUGCUAAGUGGCAAGCAUGGUACAAAUUGGGUGCUAUGCCUCCGGAAGACGCAAUGCAGAAAUACAUUGAUAUCGUGACUGAGCUUUAUCCUACUUGGGUGGAUGGUUCGGCAAUGAAGAGAACAGGUGGGGCUGAUAGUGCUGCAAGUAAAGAUGCAAAAGGACCAAUGGGACCAGUUUUCAGCUCGUUCAUAUAUGAAGAAGAAUCUGGAAAUGAGUUGAAGAUGGAUGCUAUUCAUACAUUUGCCAGAGAAGGAGACCUGGAAAAUUUGCUUAAAUGCAUUGAAAGUGGUGUUUCCGUGCAUUUACAAGACAGUGAAGGCAGAACCCCUUUGCAUUGGGCUGUAGAUCGUGGCCAUCUUAAAAUCACGGAAGCACUUGUUAGUAGGAACGCAGAUGUGAAUGCUAAGGACAAUGAAGGACAAACCCCGUUGCACUAUGCUGUUGUGUGUGAGAGAAAAGACAUUGCUGAGUUUCUUGUAAAACAAAAUGCAGACAAAGAUAUGAAGGAUAUCGAUGGCAACUCUCCAGUUCACCUAUGUGAGUUGGAUUGGCCUUGGUUGCGACAUGCAGGCAAAGCCGAUUGAUCUGCAUUUUAAACCAAGUUUGCUUUUGGUUAAAGUACUUGAAAAAUUUCUCAUGAAUGAAUAUGGCUAUAUGUUACCUUUAUGCUCUUUUAACAUAGUUAUAUGCUAAUGUGGGGCACUAUGAUGCUCGUUGCCCUUGCCUCCUUGGAUACUGCUCUCACUACCCCCAUAAGCAGAUCGAAGAGAGUUCGAAGGUAAGGAAAGUUUAGCUGGUGAAAUGGAAUUCAAAUACUUAUGUUGUUGCAUUAUGAGUUGAAUGAAUGCUUUGGAUAAAGCCUGGAACUUGGAUGUUUGCCUUCAAAGGGACCGAAUAGUGUGAUUCAUUCAUCGUAUGCCGGAGGUGGGCAUUGAACCUAGCUAGUUCUUUGAUCUUUAUGGUAGAUUAGAUACAACGGAGACUCGAUCACCCUAAACCUUUUCUAUCAAACAGUGAAUCGAUCUCUGUGGCAUGGACAUGAUGCCGGUUUGCUUAGUGCUUGCUUUCCACUCAUAUUUUCUCUUUAGCCUGUGAAAUGCUUGGCUGUACUUUACAUGCUUUGCUUUUAAUUUGAUGCUGUUCCAUGAA